AUUUGUGGUAUUCGUUUCGUGGCUCCCAAGCAAAACGCAGUGCGAGAAAAGUGAAUUUUUUUCUUGCGAGAAAGGAAAAUAUUAAAAUUAGUGACACUGUAACACACUUUUUUGCCAUUUUUAUUAUCAUCGGUGGUGCUUUUGUUUCACUCUCUGUGAUUUAUUCGUCAUUUCCGGCCAAGGAAGAGAGACCUCAAAGUUCCCCAAGAUGUUGAAUACAAAAGUUUUCUGUCUCCUCGCUGUGUUCAUCUUUGUCGUAACCGCAGAAUCAGUUCCGAAAGAAACGAAACUGAGUGCGAAAACAGAAGAUCUGAAACCAGCAGAAAGUGGUCAAAUCUUUGACCUAGGAAGCUGGACAAAUAAGUAUCCUAGAUAUUAUGGAGGUGGGUAUGGUGGCUACGGGAAUAACUAUGGCGGAUGGAAUCGCUACCCUAGCUAUGGUGGCUACGGAGGCUACGGAGGUGGUAGCUAUGGAGGAUACCCAUAUGGCGGCGGCUACGGUGGCUACGGAAGCGGCUAUGGAGGCUACGGAGGCGGAUAUGGAGGGUAUGGGGGAUAUGGAGGAUACGGCAACACAGGCUUGGGUGGCUAUGGUGGAUACGGCACCAACUACCUGGGUGGUGGAUACGGUGGCUACGGAGGAUACGGCUCUGGCUUGGGCGGCUACGGCGGCUACGGCGGCUAUGGAGGUAAUGGGGGUUUAUCAAGCUAUUAUGGCUACAAUACGAAUGACUAUAGCGGUAAUCGAAAUAUCGGCUAUGGCUACCAACGAGGAACAAACAAUGAGGGUAUCUAUAGAAAUGCAUACGCGAAUCCCACAUCAGUUAUCGGACUGAGAGGUGCCUUUAAUUAGGAAAAACACACUACAAAACACUUUUAAAUUUUAGGUUUCUUUCAGUUCCUACUUUUUCUUUUUUUUUUUUAAAUUUCCCCAAUUUCAAAAUCAAACACUUUUUACAUUUUUUCGUUUCGAACAUAUUUUACAUCCUUCGAUAUUUUAUUAUUUAUCAAUGAGUAUGUAACAUUGUAAAUAAACAAUAAAACAUCCCAAAGACAAUCCAAAAAAA